AUGCCGUCGGCGUCGUCGUCGGCGUCGUUAACUGCAGCAGCGGCAGCGUUAGUGACAUCAUCGUCGUCGUCAACGCGUCCAAAUCUGACUUCUUCAAAGAAGACGAAGAAGGUAAAACUCAACUGGGUGGUGAAAGCUUCAUCAACAUCGUCAAAUGAAGGAUACUUACCCGGCACCAUGCUAAGCGCGGAGCAAAUCUUAGAAAUACCCAUCGAUAGAAGAGCGUUUAAACCUACGAGCGAAGAGUGCCCUUUCUGUGUAAACGCGAUAGUGAAAGAAAAUGGGAGCAAGUGUAUCGGAGUCUGUCGGAACCCACAGAAUGUUCCAGGACCCCUAUUUUUUCCUCAUCAAAUGCAAACGUGUCGAGACGCGGUUCAAAUUCAACUAGAAUCGAUGAAAGAUAAGAAUAAUCCUAGAACCGACCACGGCGUACAAGUUAUGUGGGAGUUCAGCGUAGAAUCGGGAAACAUGGAUCGCUCGAGAUAUUUCGGUUUCUCGUCGGAUAUGUAUCACUUUGAUCAUUUUCUUGGGAAGUGUUUGGUAAACUUUGACGCGUUCGUAUUCAAUAGAAAGCACGAGAUUCUUGACGAGAUUUCAAUGAAAGAUGGGCGCACUUUGGUGAGAGUCAUAGUAACUGAUAAAGUUGGGAGUGAUACUUUUUGGGCUUUUGUCAUGGUGAAGCGCACAUUCAGUAAAUACGAAGGUUGCUGGCAAAGCUUGAGGAUUUUGCCGCGAAGCUAA